AUGAAACAAUCCCAAUCCUUGAGAGAAGCCUGCGAUAAUCCAGACGUCUUGUUUGCGCUUUCUGAAACGAAUCUUGUGUCGUUAAUUUAUCAGGAAUUUCCCGAAGAGAUUGAUCGUCUCCGUCGAGCUUACUCCAUUCGCGAUCCUCAAGGAACCCCUCCUGAGAGUCCGUCACCGUCGCGCAUCAUAUACGAGGAAGACUACGAUGAAGUCAAUCGCACACUUGUGGGGUUUCUAGCCUUGCGCUGGAUUCAUAAUGCAGAAUACGAGGUGUUCAUUGGGUCCCAGUCGCCAGAGCUCCGAUUGACCAGAGAGUCCUUUGACUGGAUUCGGAAUUAUUACAGUCAAGUCAUUACCGACGCAAAUACACUUUACGCCUUAAGCACCUCGAUCAUUAUCAACGACCUGGGAAAAGACCCUGAAUUGGCAUUGGAUCACCAGAAAAUAACGCAAGAAGACAUCUCAGAUCUCAAUCAUGAUCACAUUCUCCUCAAAGCCUGCGGGUCCGGUCUGGUGUCGUCUUUGGAGAGACAUUCUACCCAAGAAAGAGAUGAUCUACUUCUAGGCAUUGAGAUUGGAGCUUUCUUCAACUUUGGACAACUGGGUCAAGCUGAGAAUGCGCCCGCCGCCUUAACAAGUCUAUUUCGAAUGGAAGACAGGCCACGCAGCUUUCAGCUUCGCUUUAUGGAGCAGCUGCUCGACAUUGCCGGUGCUGCAGGUCACAUGGACUGGACCUGCGCGAAGAAAUUGAACCAGCCUAUCUUUGAGUCAUAUCGAAAUGUCUAUCAUGCAUGUUAUAGUGUCAUCAGUGGUACACUGGAUGCUCGCCAGGGAUAUGAUCACGUCCUCAUUCGACGCGCAGAAUACGUUCAUACCAAAGGCUUUCGACGGUUGAAGGUGGAGAGCGAUCAAUACGAAAGAGCCUUGAUGCGGUUACUAUGCAUGGGCAACGUUACCACCAAAGAGGCUGCUGAAAUAUACGAGUCUGCGUUGAAUUCCCUUCAGCCAGCUACCAAGGAUGCCUUCGUAUAUGCUUUGAACGUGGACGGCUCGGUAGACGAGCCCGCAAUCCAGCCGACAUAUGCCCCUGCUUUACUCAGUCUGAUCAAAACACGAACCCAGCUGGUCGCAGCCCUCGAGUACCUUUCUCGAGUCAUGAGUGUCAAGUCUCGGGUGGAUUCUUCGGCUAUUCUUGUUGAGCGGAGCGUGCUUGGGGUUCUUAAGCGACAUAUUGAGAGUGAUGAAUUCCGUGAGAAUCCGUCGAUUCUGGAAGAUGUCGAAGUGCCAGAAGAUGUGGUUGCUCUCACUCUAUAA